AUGGAAAAGAUCCCUGUUAUAAAGAGUGACGUCAUAGACGACACCGCAGACGAAAAAUCCCUCCCGAAGCCCCUCAAUGCCAACGAUCAUUUUCUUAUCUUGGCCAUGUUGAGCAGACUCAUCAGGCCAGUGCAUUCCAGUAGCAGAGUACAAGCAACAGUGUUAGGAGGAGAGAAGAGGUUGUUUUCGGUCUCCAAAACCACAGGAAUGAGGCUCCUUCACCCACAACGUUGGCUGGCCGCCAGCGCGAUACCCCUUCUUUCCCUUACAAUGUUUUCUGCGCCCCAGCCAACCUUGUGUCUGCAGAACCCGUUUGCGGGUGCCAAUCGAUCCAUUGUCAGCAAGUCUGUCAAGCCAAAUCUGGAUCCUGACAGCCCUGACAAGGCGGGGCCGUUGAAGGAUAUUGUACUGGACAAUGCGUGGCCUCGCAUGCUGACUCCCGAAACUGAAAUCAACCUUCUCAAAUCACAGAGCCACGAGAGUCUGUCUCCCAAACUCGAUGACAACCGUACCAAACGACCCGUUUACAACGGUCAUUAUGUGUUGGUGAAACCUACCGGGAUCCCCAAUCCAAGGCUGGUACUCUACAGCCAGGAUGUCGCCGAAAACUUGCUCCAGUUGACGGAAGAGCAGAGCAACUCGGAAGAAUUUGUCAAAUUUGUCUCUGGAAAUCUCGUCCUGGGAGAAACAUGGGCGACUCCCUACGCAUUGAGCAUCAUGGGAAACAAAUACUACAACAAUUGCCCCUAUGGAACAGGCGAUGGGUAUGGAGAUGGACGGGCCAUUAGCAUUGCCGAAUUCAACGGACAGGAGCUGCAGCUCAAGGGCGGCGGCAGAACACCCUUUGCACGAGGAGCGGAUGGAAGAGCCGUGCUGCGGUCCAGCAUUCGAGAGUUCUUGGCCAGUGAAGCCAUGCAUUGGCUAGGUGUACCCACCACUCGAGCGCUGUCGCUCGUGGUGAGCGAGGAAGGAGAAACUGUCAACCGUCCGUGGUACUCCAAUGACGCCACCAUGCAGGUACCCACCAUGGACGAUCCGCGGUUGGCUACCUAUUCGGAUGAACAAAAACGAGAAAUCAUUCAACGCUUGCGCAAUCAAAAGUCAGAUCCCAAUAAAAUGAUCACCGAGCCGUGCGCCAUCACCUGCCGUGUAGCAUCGUCAUUCACUCGGGUGGGUCAUAUUGAUCUCUUUGCCAGGCGUGCUGAAAAGAAGAGUAUGGAGAAUGCCGAAAAGACAGAUUCACGAUAUGAUACAUCCACGAUGGAAUGGAAAGAAUUGGAAGACAUGAUUUGGCAUGCCUGCUACCGUGAGUACAAGGAGGAUGCCUAUGACCCGUACUUUGAAGACAAAGAUAUUGUCAGUGCAGCCACUGUCCUGUUGGAAAAGUCUGCCGAGAAGCUUGCCACAAUGGUGGCACAUUGGCUGCGAGUGGGCUUUGCGCAGGGAAACUUCAAUGCAGACAACUGUUUGGUUGGUGGAAAGACAAUGGAUUAUGGGCCAUUUGGUUUCGUGGACGAGUACACACCUCUGUUUGCUAAAUGGACGGGCAGUGGAGAGCACUUUGGAUUCCUCAAUCAGCCAAAUGCAGGGUUUGCCAAUUAUAACGUCUUGGCAUCAAGUGUUGUCCCCGUCAUAGCAGCUGCCAAGGGGGAAGAAAACCCUGAUGUCAUUGGCCAACCAAUCAUGGAGAGGGCACAAGGGGUCUUCCGUGCCAAAACGGACGAAGCCUUUCGAGUAAAACUUGGAUUCGACAAAGACGCUGAUGUGGGUGACGAUGUAUGGAUGUCUCUCGAGCCGCUUCUGCGGAAAUCUCGAGUGGAUUGGACCGUUUUCUGGCGUCAGCUUACCUAUGUCGCCAGGGACUACACUCUGGAAUCGACAGACUACAAAGCAAUGAUGGACACCCUUGAAGAUGACAAUUCCGAUUCUUGUCCGUUCUACGAACCGUUGACUUCAGAAUUGAGAUCUGAGUGGAUAGCCUGGAUUGAGCAAUGGAGAGAGGCACUGCGAGCUGCAGAUGUCGAGUGUAAAGAUUUGUACGAAGCUAUGCGACAAGUCAAUCCUAAAUAUGUGUUGCGUGAAUGGAUGCUGGUUGAGGCAUAUUCGAAAGCUGGUCUCGGGGACGAGAGCACUUUGCAGGAACUCUAUGAGCUUAUCCAGGCCCCCUAUGAAGAAGGAUCCGAUGAUCAAAUAAAGAAGUACUACCGAAGGACACCUGAACGGGCUCUAACUGCUGGUGGCACAGCAUUCAUGUCCUGA